AAUAGCGCAACGUUGGAAACAGCUCAAGCAGCAUAUUCUCAACCAGCCGCAACAUAGGGCGGCACAACAAGACGCGCAGCCUCAGCCGCUGCAGCAGCAAACCCAACCAGCACAACAACAGCAGCAGCAGCAGCAGCAGCAGCAGAAAAAACCACAAACGCCUACUAAAAGCCAGGCCCAACAAGCGCUAGAUCAGUCAGCCCCUCCCCAGCAACAACAACAGCUGAAGCAGUUGCCCUCAGUACCACCCACAGCUGGCGUACUAGGUGCCACUGUAAAAUCAACAACAGAGACUACAGCGACAGCAAACGUUACAGCGGCAUUCCAACCUAUUAACCCCCCUACGCUUCCCGAACCUCAUCCAACAACAACCACCAUAACAGCCACAAUAACAACGGCAACAACGGCGGCCAGAGUUUUCUCACGUUACGAUAGUAUCGAGGAGCUGCAGCAGCGGACGAGCCGAAGUGGAAGCGCAAUCGGAAUAACGCCAGGGAUUGCGGCACAAGGUGCACAAGGAGCGCGUGGUAGUAUAGCAGUCGGGGCUGGCAUUGGCGCAGGGGGCUUAUAUGCAGCCACAGGAGCACGUUUACCAGUAGCAGGUGGUGGCAGUGGCGUACGUGGUGCGGCAGGUUCGCGUAGUGGAAGUAUAGCGCCGGGCUUAGAUGGUCACCGCACUGUGUUGAGUCCCAGUGGUGGCGUAGCGAGCGGACAACAGGGUCUUAGCAGGGGUAGUGUGAAUGGUUAUGCAACGACGACUGGUGUUGGUGGCAGUGGCGGCGGUGGUGGAACGCAAUUGAUAGGUGGUGCGGGUGCAACAGCAAGAGGACGUCUCUCAAUCAGCUCACCAUCUGGACAGACAGCGCAGGCAGCACAAGCAGCACAAGGAGGCUUACCGGGUGUAAAUGACUAUUCUGGUUCGGGACUUCUAGUGAUAGGCGGCAGUGGUGGUGUGGGUGUUACUGGCAGUAGUGCAAGUGUCGGCCAAGGUAUUCCAGGUGGUGGCAUUGGUCCAGGUGGCGCUGGUAUUCCUAAACGUCAGGGCAGUUUCUCGAAUGUUUUCUCGAAAUUAAUCGACGGUAUGCCCGCCAGUACAAUGUUCUCCAAGUUCAAGAGUACCAAUACGGCGUCCACAUCCCUGCAAAAUGUCACCGAUGCGAAUCCGAUUAGCCAGUAUUUUGAGAUUGGCAAGCAAGUGGCUUGUGCGGGUCCUGAGCUGGUGUGGCGGAUACACGAUGGCUACCGCAAGAGUGAUGGCAGGGAAUGUUCUAUAUUCGUUUUCGAGAAGAAAAUUGCAGAGAAACUACACAAACCGAGACGCAAGGAGACUGUGACGGAGCUGCUAAAGAAUUCUGUGAAGACAAUGGAAAGAUUUCGACAUCCCAAGAUUCUGCAAGUUAUGCACACGGUGGAGGAAUCAACGGAUACUUUGGCUUUCGCUGCUGAGCCUAUCUUCGCAAGUCUUUCUAAUAUUUUGGCUUUUCAUGAAUCUAAAACGUAUGAAAAUUUGGCAAUGCCUGCGAAUAGUGGGGGCACAGGUGCGCAGAGCAAUCAGCAGCAGAACUCGUCGGUGCCACAGAGACCAGCUCAUGCAAAAGAGUAUAAUUUUUUGGAUAUCGAAUUGAAAUAUGGUUUUCUACAACUCGUGGAAGCUUUAUCCUAUCUUCACUACUCGGGUCACGUGAUUCAUCGAAAUGUUUGUCCAUCGUCUAUAUUAGUAACCAAGCGAGGUACCUGGAAAUUGGCAGGCUUAGAAUUCAUAGAACGAAUGAAUGAGACUGAUGUAAAUGAGCUAGUUCCUUGCCCGCCUUGGAGUAAUAGGGUUUCAAAAAUGGCUCAACCCAAUUUAGAUUUCAUGGCUCCCGAGACUCAAUUAACUUCAAAGGGCAGCUUACUUAGUGAUAUGUUUUCACUGGGCUUGGUAAUAUGUGCGGUCUUCAAUAGUGGUCGACCGCUUAUUCAAGCUGGUAAUAUAGUUUCGAAUUAUAUGAAACAACUCGAAACGCUUGAGGAGUCUGUGCAGAAAAUGUUACCGCGUGUCCCAGUGCCACUGCAGGAGGCCACCUCUCGUCUGGUUAAUCGAGAUCCCACCGCAAGACCGACGGCGCAGUUAUUGCAACUUAUUAAGUACUUUAUCGAUCCUGCUGUAAAUGCACUUAAAUUCUUAGACGUGGUCAACAUGAAGGACACAUCGCAAAAAUCUCAUUUCUACAAAAAUACGCUAAUGGAAGCGAUGCCGCUGAUACCGAGGAAAUUGUGGUGGCAAAAUGUGUGGCCUAUGUUGCAGGCCGAAAUAAGUAACGGUGAAGUAUUGGCAGCUGUCCUACAACCGGUGAUUACACUCAUACAAGAAGCAUCGCCGAGUGAGUAUGAGUCGAUUAUGGCGCCGACAAUGAAAGUAAUCUUAAGUUCUCCAAAAUCCAUCCAGGCUACUGUAACUUUACUUGAAAAUUUACAUCUCAUCAUAGAGAAGACCGCACCCGGCGAUGUCACCACAGACAUAAUUCCAAUGUUAUUCUUUUCUUUCGAAAGUUCAACAAUACAAGUGCAGAGUGCUGCUGUUGUCGCCGUUACAAAUGUUUUUGACAAUAUUGAAGAUGUUUCCAUCAAACGUAUGGUGAUACCAAAGGUGAAGUCAGUUUUUGAAAAAAAUUUAGCAGAUCCGAAAAUUGUGCAAAACGUGCUCAUCUGCAUAGAAAGACUCAUGGAUAAAUUGGAACGAGCUCAGGUUAUGGAGGAGGUACUGCAGCUGCUUGGAGAUGUUCGCAUACCAGAACCAGACAUUGUUAUGCGUACAGUGCAUAUUUAUCAUAAAAUGGUUGUCGAUAAAUCAUAUGGUCUGACAGUGGAGACAAUGGCGACGCAUGUACUGCCACUAUUAAUUCCGCAUACCGUUAAUCCGGGUUUGAAUCUGGAACAGUAUUGUAUGUUAGUCGAGGUGCUGCAAGAGAUGCUCGAACAAAUUGACCGUCAACAGCGUAAUAAAUUGAGACUGGACAAUCUGUCAAUACCAUCACCCGAACGUCACCGCCCAUUGCGACAUCAAUUCUCAUCGGAUAACAUGAAUGCGCCACCAUUCAAUAUACCCAAUUUGCGUAUCGAUCAGCGGAAAACAUCUAGUGCUGAGGAUAUGGCACGAAAGAAUUCCGGAGUUCGCUUAUUUACAGGUUCAGGUAUGCUGGGUGGCUGGUGGUUCGGUUGUUCGCCAUCAUCGCCCGAUAGUAAUUUCCUGCGCGUAGCUAAUGCAUUCCCCAACCGGCGACUGUCGGACAACACUUUGAUGACACCGAAAAUCCGCAUUGCACCAUCGUGCGCCUCAUCGCCGGGCGGCACACCGGGUAGUGGACUGCCAACACGUCGACACUCGAGCAUAGGACCGCAGGAACGCCGUGGCUCGACAAUCAAUCUGUCACCGCCUACUCUUGCACGGAGCAUGAUCGGUGGAUCAAUGCCGAAUACAUCGAGCAGCGUACCAUUUUUAUUAUCGUCCAGCAUGCAAUCGAUCCGUUCCAGACGUACAUCAACCGUACUCUCAUCGGGACCCCUGGGAUCUGGCUCUGGUUUACUACAACAACUUGGCACCGGAAUGUACCAGCUAUUCUCCGGUCGAAAUUAAGCAAAAUUUUUCACAAAUCCAAGCUAUUGAAAUCAUUUUUCGCUCAUCUUGCAUACGUUAGAAACCAAAAAAAAAAAAAGAAAAAUAGAUUUCCAACUGCAAAACAUUACAGCGUGUGCAUGAAAGAAACUGCAAAAAGGGAGUUCAUGAAUAAAAGUCACGAAAACCUAGUUUUGUUCCGAAAGGAAAUUGAAAUAAAUAUUAUUGCCCACUAAAGGGACUACGGGAAUUAAUUUACAACCUUUUACUACGUACUAGUGCAUAGUAGAUUCAUUUUCACUAUUAAAAUACUAUUUAAGCAUAUACAUAUAAAUUUAUUUAAAACAUUUAGCAAUAUGCAAAAAUUGGACAGACUAUCUCACAAUAAGGUGCACCUUGUGUUUAACGCAACGGUGUCAAAUAUUAAACUAGUUUACAUACAUAGACACAUACAACACAGCGUGGACGCUGUAAAAUACCUAGUACUUAUCUUACCUAUAAUCCUCCAUUUGCAAAUGCAAUCAUUUUCAAAAAAAAAAAAAAUCUAAACUUAGUAGUUAAUAAUAUGUACGUAUGUAUCCACAAAUAAUGUAUUGUACUAGAAAAGAUUGGAAUAGAAGUGAAUUUAGACAUUCUCUCUAACUUUAUAUACUCGUAUCUAAUAUACACCAAUUUCACAAAAU